UCGGUUGGACCUUCCCCAUCUCGUUCCCUAAGGCCACAAGUAACAACACCAUUACAACCAACAAAAAGAAGCUCAGAGCAGGUAUAACAACUAAUAGUGCAGCUGUAGAGAAUAGAUGAAGCAAAAAGAGCAGAAGAUGCAUUUAGAUUUGAUGGACGGGCUGGCUAUGCUACCAGAGUCCACCAUUGAUCAUGAAUGGGAUAUGGAGAACAUCACGAAAGCAUUCUUCAAAUGCACCAGAUGGCAGCUUGAAGGAACCACAGACUUCAUCCAUUGCCCAUACCACUACUUCUGCGACAGCGCUUACCCUGGAGACUACCCAUCCAUUGUGGACUCGUUGGUGCUCCUCUUCACAGUUUCUUCCUUCCUGUCAACCACGGCCUUCACCCUAAUGGAGUUCAGAAGAAGCACAAGCAUCAGCAUUAGCAAUUUGAAGAGAAGAUAUCUAUUACCUUCGGGUCCUAUGGCGCUCCCAUUGGUGCUCUUGAUUUUAGCAAAGGGGCACCGGAUCAACACCACUUUCCCUCUCUCACACAUGGGCCCAGUACUUCUCCAGAUUGUCUAUAUUUCAGCUCUUGCAUUUAAAAACCAAUCUGAAAGAGAUUUGCACUAUGCUGUACUUGAAGCUUCAACUGUUUCAGGAAUUUUACAUGCAAGUUUGUACCUGGAUAAUAUCAUCCUGCCUUACUACACAGGGUUCGAAGCUCUGACAGAGUCUACCUUCUCUGAAUUUUGUGCAGGAUAAAUGGGGAACAAAAGUUGAGUUUAUUGAUCAAGUCGAUGCUGGAGGUCAUUUGUUGGCUAUUGAUUGCAAACG